AUGGCCUCGGGCUUCCACCAAAUCCCAAUAGCCCAAGAAUCAAUUCCAAAAACUGCCUUUGUGACACCUGACGGCCAAUUCGAGUACCUAAGAAUGCCUUUUGGCCUGGCAAACGCACCGGCCGUCGCGAGAUAUCUGCGAAAAGUCAGGGCUAUUAAAGACAGCCCCACUCCCGAAAGUGUCAAACAAAUCCGACAAUUCAUUGGCUUGGCCAGCUAUUUCCGGAAAUUCAUACCGGCGUUUUCCACCAAAGUCGCAUAUUUAACGAAAAACGACGUCCCAUUUAUCUGGUCCAAAGAAUGUGAAAAGGCACGCCAGUAUGUAAUUGAUAUCCUUACACAAAAACCAUUACCAUCCAUAUUUGACCCUACAUUGGAGACUCAAUUGCAUACUGACGCCAGUAGCCUCGGUUUCGGUGCCAUUCUAAUGCAAAAACAAAAGACUUCCCCCGACGAAAGCAAAUACCACUCUUUCGAGCUGGAAACCUUGGCUGUGGUGAAGGCCCUUAAUAACUUCAGAAUAAAAAAAAACGGAAAUACUGAAGAAAAAUCGUAUCUUGAAAUGGUGAACUGGUGGAAUCAAAUGGAUGGAUUAUCUAAACAUCCCACUUUACCGUCCGUUUACGACAUUUAUAAAGAUUUUCGAGGGAGAGAAUUGAUAGUACCAGUAAUACAUAUUACAGCUUUGAUUAAAAUGAAAGAAAACAUUUUUAGAGUAAAAUAUUGUGACCCUCCAGAAAGAACACAAGGCGUAACAUUUAGCGAAAAUGGAACCUUCGAUGGGGCUCUAGGUCUUAUUUGGAAACGCGAAGCCGAUUUAUUUCUUGGUGACGUAGCACUAACGCUAGAUCGUUUUCAAGUAGCCGAAUUUUCAUUCAUCACCCUCGCCGAUAGCGGAGCUUUUAUAACACAUGCACCCAGUAAACUUAACGAAGCUCUGGCUUUAAUAAGACCAUUUCAUUGGCAAGUCUGGCCAGUAAUCUUUGCAAUACUUAUGUUGUCUGGUCCUGUUCUUUAUGCCCUCGUCAUCUUACCUAACACUUGGCAUUCCACCUUUCUCGUAAAAUCAAAAGGAAAAUUAUUUUUUGAAUGUUACUGGUAUUCGAUCUCUUUGUUUCUUAAACAAACUAUUAAAGUUCCUUUUGAUAACGAUAAAGUCAGAUUUUUUACGAUUAUGGUCUCAAUAUCAGCGACUUAUAUCAUAGCCGAUAUGUAUUCAGCAAAUCUUACAUCUCUUUUAGCCAAACCAGGAAGAGGAGAGGCAAUAAAUGAUUUAUAUGAGCUCGAAGAAGCUAUGAUAAAACGAUUCUACCGAUUGUAUGUUGAAAAGCAUAGUUCAAGUUAUAGUCUUUUAGAGAAUGGAACUGGUGUAUAUAGACGUUUGUGGCAUUUAAUAAAUCAACAGAGAUCGUUUGUAGUCGACUCUGUUGAAGAGGGAGUAAUGCUAGUCAAAGAAUCUAACAGUAAUAAUGUUCUUCUCGGUGGAAGAGAAACACUUUUUUUCGAUAUACAGAGAUACGGAGCUCAAAAUUUUCAUUUAAGUCAAAAACUAAAUACGGCAUAUUCUGCAAUUGCAUUUCAAGUCGGAUGUCCUUAUUUAGAAAAUGUUAACUCAAUUUUAAUGGCGUUAUUUGAAGGAGGAAUUUUGACAAAAAUGACUGAAAAUGAAUAUGCAAAGUUGGGAAGAAGACGAUCAGUUGUAAACGAAGGUACCGCUGGAGCUAUAACUCCUGUGGGUAAAAAGGAAAUACGAAGCGUUACAAAAGCUGCUCAAGAUAAUGAAAAGUUGCAACCAAUAAAUCUCAAAAUGCUCCAAGGAGCUUUCUACUUGUUAUUUUUCGGUUGUAUGUUAUCAGGCUUAAUAUUGGGUUUGGAAAUUUUUACUCACAAGUUAAAUGUACGAUCCAAACGACAUGAGAACUAUCGCAUAUGUGCUAAAAGCAAAUGUUGGCAAAUGAUAGUUAGAAUAACUUGUUCAAAAAGAAGAAAGCUUGCAAAUUAUAUUAGAAUGAGGUACAGACAGUUUAUUAGUGAAGCUGCAAUUGAAACUUUACCAUAUUUAGAUUGAUUUGUUUAUCUUAUGCA